UUCCGGCCUCCUUCCUCAGGGAGGGGCGGUCACGUGCCGGGGGCGUGAGCGAAGCCCCGGCCUCUAAGGUCACAUGACAGGGGCGCGGGCCCGGGUUGCUGCCGCCGCCUCUGCUGCUGCUCGGGGAGGGGGCCCGGAGCCUGACUGACUGACUGACUCACUCACCAUGAGUUUUCUUGGAGGAUUGUUUGGUCCCAUUUGUGAGAUUGAUGUCGUUCUUAAUGAUGCAGAAUCACGAAAAACAGCCGAAAUCAAAACAGAAGAUGGUAAAACAGAAAAGCAUUAUCUCUUCUAUGACGGUGAAUCAGUUUCAGGAAAGGUGAACAUAGUGUUUAAACAACAUGGAAAGAGGUUAGAACACCAAGGAAUCAGAAUUGAAUUUGUAGGACAAAUUGAACUUUUCAAUGACAAGAGUAAUACUCAUGAAUUUGUAAACCUAGUAAAAGAGUUGGCCUUACCUGGUGAAUUAACACAAAGUAGAAGUUACGACUUCGAAUUUAUGCAAGUUGAAAAGCCAUAUGAAUCCUACAUUGGUGCCAAUGUCAGAUUGAGGUAUUUCCUUAAGGUGACAAUAGUAAGAAGAUUAUCAGACUUGAUAAAAGAAUAUGACCUUAUUGUUCACCAACUUGCAACAUACCCAGAUGUUAACAACUCUAUUAAAAUGGAAGUAGGCAUUGAAGAUUGUCUGCACAUAGAAUUUGAAUACAACAAAUCCAAGUAUCAUUUAAAGGAUGUGAUUGUUGGAAAAAUUUACUUCCUUUUAGUAAGAAUAAAAAUACAGCAUAUGGAAUUGCAACUGAUCAAAAAGGAGAUCACUGGAAUUGGACCCAGUACUACAACAGAGACAGAGACUAUUGCAAAAUAUGAAAUCAUGGAUGGUGCGCCAGUUAAAGGUGAAUCUAUCCCCAUAAGACUCUUUUUGGCUGGCUAUGACCCUACUGCUACAAUGAGGGAUGUGAAUAAAAAGUUCUCCGUGAGAUACUUCUUGAAUCUAGUGUUAGUUGAUGAAGAGGACAGACGGUACUUCAAGCAACAGGAGAUCAUUCUUUGGAGAAAAGCUCCUGAGAAACUGAGGAACAGCGAACUAACUUUCACCAGCGAUUUGAAAGCCCAGAACCACAAGCCUCCGCAGAGCAGCCUGAAAUGUGAACCAGGUGUAGGGAGUGAAAGAACUGUUGAUAGGAUCAGCAGGUUAAGGUGGCAACAGGCUGUAGGGAAGAAGAAGACCAAAACUCGCAUUACCAACUGUCUUCGUCAUCUUACAGUACUGCAUUUCCCACACUACUAAAACAUUCUUCAAGUAAACAUUCAAAUGUGUAUAUACAUUUAAAACAAGUGCUUUCUCAAACACUGGAACUUUCUUAAGCUAUUUUAUACUGCACAUUUUACUUUUGUCUGAUGUGAUGCACUCAGAUAUACAUAAAGCUUACAAAAAGUUUAGCUAUACGUUUCCAUGCAUGUAGGCUGGUGCAUUUAAGUUUUGCUAAUCAUUGAUGAUAAACGAAAGCAUUUCCUCUUCUAUGCCACAUUUCAUAUCAUACAUAUUUUCUCAGUGUCUGUUACCUGUGUCCUUGAAAAUGUAAUAAAAUAUGUUGUCCUAAAAUGACACAUUCAGGGUUUAAAAUAGGAUUUUACUCUAAAAAGUACAUCAGUCCUUACCACAGGGAAUAGGUGACACGUAUCAAAGAUGAUGUGCUUAGGAUAAGUCUAAGACUAUCAUGGUCUCAGAUCUGUGCAUCUUUGAGGAAUAUGUAUAAAUAAGUUCUGUCCUCAAACUUGCUUUAUAAAAGGAGUAAUUACAUUUCUAUAUUCCUUCCUAAUCCUAAUGAGUCUGUUAUCAGGUUUUAACACCCUUGAAGAUCAUAUGCCCUAUCUAAAUGAAAUAGUUUUUGCAUCCUGCCCUAUUUCAGUGGAGAGGACAUGUGUAAGAAAGAAACCAUGUUUUAAUACAAUUGUAUUGGUGACACUGUUGAAGUCUGAGUCACAUACACACAACUUUAUUCUUGUUGCACUCAUUGCACCCUUUCACUCUCUUUCAAACAUGCCCAAAUAUUGAAAAACAUCCAUAUUUUCUUCUCUGUCCUUAGCUACAUGGAUGGAAACCAUCUAAAUUCUAAAUGGAUAUUGGAUGUUGGUGUGAUGAAAUAUCUGAUAGUUUUUUAUUUUUAUAAAUUCAUUCAUCAGGUGAAUUUAGCAUCUUUGGAAAGCUGCCAUCUGUCCACAAUUAAGCAUGUCGUUCACAAACAAGGUGCUUGUUUUGGGCACAACCUGCUGAAUAGAAGGCUACUCACCUUUAUAAUUCACUUGGCCUAUCUACAGAUAAUGCUUCUGAACUUCAGUGCAAGUGUUAUUGGUUACCUUACUUUAUGAGUAAGCAAAAUUACUAAAUUACACAUCGGUAAGAACUGUUUUAUUACUAUGGCACUUUGAUAAAACAGUCAAAGAUGCUGCGUGCUGGGAUAUUUCUCUUAUAAUGGAUGCCUGGGACUGAGAGAACUUAAUCCCCUCAUGUAAGUGCCUGUUCAAAAUUUCAAACAAAAAAUGCCAAAUAUUUUCAUGAACACUUGCAUAUAGCAAUCUGAAAACUAUUCCAAGAAAUUUUGAAAACUGAUUGUAUUUAACCAGCCUCAAAUUGUGCAUCUGUGUAUAAUAGACAUAAUGAACUGCUAUUUGAAUUAUUAAAAUAGUUGUAUUCUCACUAAAA